CUGCUACACCGACCAUGGAGGACAUUUGGGAGAAGACGCAGAAGGAAUGGAUCAGGCAUCUCCUGCUCGCGUACAAGCCGACGACGUCCACCGGUAAGAACACUUACCGUUCUUCCGUAAGGUGUUGUCCUACGAACUUUCAGGAUGCGUAUUAAUCUCGGUACUCAGUCAUCACCAACAAUUGAUAUUUUUGUCGCAUAGGGCCGUCUAACUGCAUGUAUAACUGUGAAGAUUAUCAUCCGUAACGAGCGCUUCCCUUCAGUAGUGUGGCAGCAUGCGAUUGUCGUUCCCAUUUGCCGCGCCACCCCCACAGCCUUGGGGCGACAACGUGGGCGCACGGCGGUUGCGCGUGCGCGCGCGUAGGGGGUGGUUUACCCCCAUUGCGUGGGACAGCCCUUUCCAGUCCGCCCCCAACGCGCACACACCUGCGCGCAUACCCCCAGUGCGUAUACGUGCACCACGGUUUAUUCGUAUAUAAAGACUUUCCGUCGAUCGCCGCGCGCCGAAAUCGCCUGCGAUUCCCAGUCGCGCCCGUCGGCCGCGAGUGUUGAACUGUGUUCCGUGCGCGGAGUGCGGGCUCGCGAGGAGGUGUGGCGUUGGCCGUUGGUGGCAGUGCUAGUGAUCGCUAAGUUUGUGUUUCCGACAGUUUAGCCGAUCUGAAUGUUGGACUUCCGUACCUACGAUCUGCUGGUGGAGGAUACCGCGUCGGUGGAACAUUAAGAAAUACCUGCUGUGGAGUCCCGUGCCCGGCAUGGUGGGCUACUUCAACGGCGAGGGCCAGGCGCAGGGGCAGGGCCCGGCGCCCGCGCCCGGCCCCGGCUCGGCGCCGCUGCAGGCGCCGCAGGGCGAGGAGCUGUCGCCUAAGCGCGUCGUCUGCAGCCCCGACCUGCCCGUCUUCUCGCUGACGCAGGCCUUCGAGGAGGCGGGCAAGGCAGCCCAGCAGGCUGCCGCCGUCGCGGCCUCCGCCUCCGCCGCCUCCGCGUCGGCCGUCGCGGGCGCGCAGGGCGCGGCCGGCGCCUUCCAGUGCUCCUUCUGCCAGAAGACGUUCUCGCAGAAGAACACCUACCAGAACCACGUGCGCUCGCACGGCAAGGAGGGCGACGACCCUUACCCGUGCACCAUCUGCGGCAAGACGUUCGCGGUGCCGGCGCGCCUCACGCGCCACUUCCGCACGCACACGGGCGAGAAGCCGUACCAGUGCGAGUUCUGCAAGAAGGCCUUCUCCGUCAAGGAGAAUCUGAGCGUGCAUCGGCGCAUCCACACCAAGGAACGGCCGUACAAGUGCGACGUGUGCGAGCGCGCCUUCGAGCACAGCGGCAAGCUGCACCGGCACAUGCGCAUCCACACGGGCGAGCGGCCGCACAAGUGCCAGGUGUGCUCCAAGACGUUCAUCCAGAGCGGCCAGCUCGUCAUCCACAUGCGGACGCACACGGGCGAGAAGCCGUACGUGUGCAAGGCGUGCGGCAAGGGCUUCACCUGCUCCAAGCAGCUCAAGGUGCACACGCGCACGCACACGGGCGAGAAGCCGUACUCGUGCGACAUCUGCGGCAAGUCGUUCGGCUACAACCACGUGCUCAAGCUGCACCAAGUGGCGCACUACGGCGAGAAGGUGUACAAGUGCACCAUCUGCAGCCAGACGUUCACGUCCAAGAAGGCGAUGGAGGUGCACAUCAAGAGCCACUCGGAGCAACAGCAGCAGCAGCAGCAGCAGCAACCUCAGCAACCUCAGCAGCAGCAGCAGCAGCAGCAGCAGCAAGCUCCGGCGGCGAGCUCCGCGCAGCACCAGUGGCACACGCCGUCGUCGCAGCAGCAGCACCACCACCACCAGCAGCAGCCGCAGCAACACCACCAGCCGAGCCAGCCGCAGCACCACCUACCUCCGCCACCAGCGCCGUCCCCGGAGCCUCGUCUGGAGGCGGAGAUGGCGCGCAAGGCGACAGAGGUGGCGGCGUCGGUGGAAGACGACGCGGGCAACCCCGUGAGCGUGCGCGACAUGUGCUACUACUACUUCUACCCGCCGUCGGGGGCGGCGCCCGUCCCGGCCGCCCACGCGGGCCAGGUGGCGGUCCCCGCCGGCGCCGGGGGCGGCAGCGGCGGCGUCAGCCCGGUGCUGCUGGCGGCGGUGGCGGCGGCGACGUCGUCCGAGGGCGUCGGCGGCAGCCUGACGCCGCCCGCCAGCGUCGAGGACGACGAGCACUUCGCGCGCGCCGACACGGCCGUGCCGCUGAGCGAGCCGCCCGUCUACCUGUUCCCCGAGCCCCUGGGUUCGAUGCGCGGCCGCGCCACGCCGUACGACUUGCCCGUGCCGGCGUGCCUGGCCGCCUCCAGCCCGUCGCCACCGCUGACGCCGCCCUCCAGCAACCCCGUAUCGCCAGUACCCGCCGCCCCCGCGUCGCCCGACCGCCGCGACGCCUGUUCGCUGCCGCCCCGCAAGCGCUGCAAGCAGAUCCUCAAGUCCAUCGCGGCAGCGGCAGCCGCCGAACCCGCCAUCCGCUACAGCUCCGUCAUACACUACGCGGGGGCCUCGUAAGUGCCGUCGGACACUUCCGUCGCUUAACGUUCCGUCACUCGCGAGUAAAACACUGGGACUUCUCACAAGUGAAGCGAAGUGACUCCGCGAGUGACUACAGACAAAUUGUAGGCUAGUCAGAACGACUGUUCAGGGUACUUUGCGUCUAGCCUAUAGCCGAGUGAGAUAAGGAAAUGCGAGCUCAGACGCGCAUUUGUACAGUGUUCUGCUCCAGUUAGUGGACUCGUGUCUAACUGGAGGACGUCAAAAUUUUCAUAGACUUGUAGCUGACAGCAGUAAUUACUUGUCUCUCCGCUGGUCCUUCCUAAACCAGAUAUCCGUACACCAGUUGAAACUGUUCCCCGCUGUAUUUGAAAAUAUCCCAGUUAUUCUAAUUUAUUUGUUACAGUACUCAUGACUAACUUUAAGAACACUCUUGCCUUGGUGGCGCAGCUGUUUCGAUACAAAUCGGUUCAGCACUUCGGAUAUAUUCAUUUGUUUCUGGUCGUUAAUGACGUCACCUUUCAAUACUGUCAGACAAUACACUGACAUCUUUGUAGCAUCUUGUUCCCGCGUAAACGUCGUCUCACGAUUUUCAUCGCAUAUGGAUGACAUUUGAAACUAAUAAUACAGUCCCGUUUACGAGUAUGCAUGCGCAUUGAAAGCAUUGUCGUCUGAUAUAUAAUUUGUCUCUUUUGGCCGAGUCGACAAGGGGGUCGGUGCCCAGUGAGACCAGUAGAUUUAUAUCGAAACAGCUGCUCCCGCCAGCCACCGCGCCGACCGUCUUACUAGAGAAAAAAUUAGUAUUUGUUUUAUUACAUAAACCAAAGGCACCAUAAAAUACUUGGUAUACGUUUUCUGAAUGCCCAAACACACCUAUAAUUCCUGCAAGCUACUUCAUAAGCUACACAUGUUCAUUACUCCCAUUCCUGUUUAAUUUAUUCACAGAAAGCAGAUAAAACAUUCAGGUUGAAUGGCCUGUUGGAGGGAUAAGGACACGACAGUUUCCGCUCCUUUCUUUUUUUUGCUGUCCGUGUGUGUCGAAUGUACUUUUUCUUUAAGAGCUCGCUCAUCACUCUUCUUUUUUUAUUGUUUUUUUUUAAUGAGUGACGAGGAAUAGCGCUCAGUGAAAUUCGUACCCAGCUGAUCUCAAACAGACUGGAUUCACUAUGAUCCUUUCACAGAGGGUUACAAACCUCGCGAGCACGACUGAGUGUCAAAGACUGCACUAUGACGAGUUGACAAGACUGUACGUACAAGCAGCACUGGGUUUCUCCGGAUCAUUUUAGCAAUAACGAAACAAAGAAAUGUAGUAACCUGCGUGCAGGUACCUCAAAUCAGAAUUUUGCUCUGUACUGCACAAAAAAAGUUUUUUGAUGUGUUUAGGAGCAUUUGCGAUAUCUGGUAACGAGAGAGAAGAAAUUAUUUAGCUAAAAAUUGUUGAACACUUGUGCUAAUGUAUAUUUUACUUUCGCUGUUUCUUAAAAUUACGAAGUCCUCAACAAAGUACAAACGAAUCAGUAGCAAGAAGAAAUAAACUGUAAAGAUUCAUGAGGCCUUGUGACAGUGUUUCUACAUUUUUUUGUGAAAGACAAUUUUUCGUAUACAAGAAAUUUCAACAUUUUGCAUCCCGAAAAUAUUCAGAAGUGCUAGUUGUUUAUUCAGGUGCCAAUAUACACAUUCUAAACCGUUGAAAGUUAAGUAAGUUUAGUCUUUGGAGCUGGCCUUCAGAGCCACGUUUAUGUCCCCUUGUGUGGAUGGGGUCCCAUAAAGCAUUUUCCAUUUUUAUGUGCACAGUUGCCUUCUUUGGUGCCUGAUGCAAAGUGGUUGAAACUGAUCUGAUUCCAUCGUACAUACAUAAUGGCCUUUCGAAAAAGAAUGUCAGUGUCAGACUUUGUGUUGAAACGUGUACAAUAUUAAAAUUGCAUGGAGUAUAUUAUAGAUUUAAGAGAGCUCGUCUAGUGUUUAUUCCAGAAGUCUUUGUUGUGUUAAUGAAUGGCAAGUUCCUUAUGAGUCAACAUAUGUAUGUCCUUUGUGUUGUAAUUAUGUAUGUAAUAAUAGUAUGAGUCGUUCAUGUUAUACAGAAGUGGUAUGUGCCAUGUGAAAUUGACUAGAUUAUCUGUUGUCAUAGUUUAGAUUGUCAUAGCUGAAUGUUGUGCACAAUCAUAGCAGUGUAUGAUCUUUAUACAUAUAUCAGGGAUUAUUAUUUCACAAUUUUUUGAAAUAUGCCUCACAAGUGACUCAGUUUUGUACAACAGUUGGGAACAAAUCCUCAAAGAACAACAGUUAUUUUAUUGGAACAAAAACAGCUGCAAUUGUUGUUUCAGUUUUUAAUUAACAGAGUACAAAGUGAUUUUAGAUACUUAAAUGCCAACAAUGUAUUUGUGUGGUAAAAUGUGCAGAUUAUUUCUACACUUUAUUGGCUUCGUCUGCCUAGUAUUCUGAUUUCUAGAAACAGUUAUUGAUAUUGUUAUUUUAAUAAGAAAAAUACAUCUCUUUAUAAACUGUGGUUUAUGGAAAUCAAAUUGUAAAGUUGUUUUAUAUAUUUGUUGUUAUUUUAAAAACAAUUGCAAAGAAAAUUCUAAUGAUAAAUUAUGAAAAUGUUAAUUUAACCUCAGGUUUAUUGGUUUUUGAUCAAAGUCGAUGUACAUACUGUAAUCAUGCUUUAGAAAGUCAAUAGCAUUCAACCAGAAUCUAUAUGACUCACAAAAAACAAAUCGUUUGUAUCUCAGGAUUACACAUUAAUACUUAUGUAACUGCUAAUGCAGAGCUAGCUGUUCCACACCAAUAUCAUAUACACAAAUACAUUAUCUACAUUUUGUUAACUUUUUUUCUGCAAUUUGUGGGGUAAAAGCACGUAUACAGAUGUAAAAUUACGUAGAAUACUUCUUCACCCUUAUUUUUGCACCAAGAAAUGCUGAAAUUAUUUUAAACUUUUCUUAAAAGUUCCAUACAAGUAAUCUCAGGAAAAACAAUUAGUGCUAUUGCUGUUACAUUAUGUAAGUAACAGCUCACACUAGAUAUCCUGUCG